AUGAUGCUAAUACUGAAUGAAAUUUUAGGUGGAGAUCCUGAGCAUAUUAAAGCACAGUCAGAUCUAGUCAACAAAAUGACAAACUACAACCCGACGUCAACGAAUGUGGCUGUAGUUUUACCGAAAACACGCUCCGACGAUAUACGGUGGCUUCAAAAAUACAUAAAAACCGAACCCCACAUUACACCCUUCAUAUACUCCAUGAGCAGGCGACGCGAAAAGGAUUUACUUAUUCCCCGGUCAUCUCGCGGCCGCGAAGUCUCCGCUUAUCUCUCAUAUGUUCUCGACUACUACGAAAAGCUGCCCCCGGUCUCUAUCUUCAUCCAUGCUGGGGAAGAGCAGCGCCAUAAUGACCUAUUUGGACCGAAAACCCAGGUCGUGCUGAAGAAUUUGCGUCUCGAGGCUGUGGAAGCAAAAGGCUAUCUGAAUCUAAGAUGCAUGCACUCGCCCGGAUGUCCUAGUCAUGCUCACCCCAAUAAUCCCACUGCGAGUGAUAUCGAGAAUCGGGAUGCGCGUGCCUAUCUGGCGCAGAUCUAUAGGGAGUUGUUUGGGGCGGAGAAGGCAGUACCGGAUGUGCUUGGAGGUGUUUGCUGCGCGCAGUUUGCAGUGAGUCGAGAUCAAAUACGGCGACGACCGAAGAGCGAUUAUGAGCGGAUGAUGAGAUGGGUGGAUGAGGGAAGCAAGCAGACGGUGAAUAGCUAUGGUGUUGGGUGGGUUUUCGAGAUUGUGUGGCAUGUGGUUUUCAGCAUGGAGGCUGUCCACUGUCCUGUCUAUGAGCAAUGUCGAUGCGAUAACUAUGGAUGGUGUGGACCGCUGUCCUCGGGCGAGACCUUGACACCAGUUGCAGCAUUUGGGAAUGCAACCAGGAAAGAGUAG